CAAAACACAGCUCAGAGCUGGUCUCAUACCGCAGCAGAGCGCUGUGGCACAGAGCAGGGAGCCCCCCGGAGAGCCUGGGGCAUCCUGCCCCUGCCCCGUUUUCAGGGGGUGUAAUGGCACCAGGCAGAAGGGACGCGUGCCGGGGGCGGGGGGCAGUGGGAACAUGUGCCACAGCUCAGGCUGCCCUCUGCAAGGCCACGGCCGGACACCGGCAGCUGGUGCUGCAGCUCGGGGGGAGCGGUGACAGCCCCCGGCUGCGGGAGGAGCGACGCAGGAGGAGCGCGGAGGCCUGUGAGCUCAGCACGGGGCUGCGGCAGACGCUGCUGGCGGGGCUGCGGCAGGGCCCGGCGAGCCCUCGGGAGCGGCAGGAGCUGGAGCGGCUCUGGGUGCUCUUCCUCUCCGCCCUGGAGCUCUUCCUGCAGGACCUGUACAGAGCCCAGCACCUCUGCCAGCUCUUCUCCCUGCCCGGGGGUGGCGUCACCCCGCUGCGCACUGGGCUGGGGGGCUGGGGGCCGCCCAGCCGGAGAGGAGGGGGUCCCACGCAGCCCCCGACCACCCAGAGCUUGGAGGAGGAGAUUGAGCAGGUGAGGGCCACACUGGCAGAGAUGGAGAGCGGAGCCAACAUUCCACCAUGGACAGUGGAAGCCACAGAGACCACACAGCCAGCAGAGAGAAGCGGCACCACAGAGAGAGCAGCCUGGGGAGGUGCCUGUGCUGGGCACUGCUGUGGGGUGCUGUGAGCUAGGGUGGCAGGAGGUAGCAGCAAAGGUGGCACCCCUGUGACAGAGCAGGGGACAGAGGUAUCCCUACAGUCCUCAACCCCUGCCUUUGCAGGUGAUGGUGGGGGCUGCUGCCUCUCUGUAGA